UCUCUUUUCACUGGUUGUUCUUUUGGUUUAUUUACGGUAAGCUGGACCAGUAAUGUCCACUAUGUGUGUGAUCAGGUGAUCCACCAACUACGGAACACAAGCUGACUAGAGAAAAUGCAAAAUGGCAUAUAGCAAAUGUGAGGGCAUAAUUUACUCACCUUUUAGACCCACGUUUGGAUUCAAAUCCUAUUUUUGAGCAGCAGAGUAAUAAUGAAGCGCUAAAGCAUAGUGCUUUGACUUGUGCGUAGAAUGACUGCGUUUUCUUGUAUUUUUUUUUAUAAAUAUAUUAAAAAGAGAACAUGGGGUCGUGUUACAGUCUGCGUCCGCGUCUAUUUGGUGAACCUAGUGGAUCCAUCUCUAGUACCUCGGACUCAGAGCAGCCGCCCGACACUGCUGUGCCGCUCAGUGGUGGGGACCGCCACGGGGAUACAGGGCGAUAUGGCGAGACGGUGCCCCUCCGCGACGGCCAGAUCCGCCGUGGGGACGCCGGCAAGCUUUCCGCUGGGGACCUCCGCCGUGGGGAGACUACUGACAGUGUGCUAAUGCAGAAUGGAGGGGGAGGAGGAGUGAGAAGCGCAGGAGCGCAGCGCGACCUGCAGUUGCAGCUUUUGCAGAAGCACAGCAACCAGAAGCAGCAGAAAAACUGUGACAAACUGCGUGUCGAGGAGAAGGAAGCCCAAAAAAAGGCAAAGAAAGUCAGCAAAAACAUUGACAGAGCACUGAAGGAGCAGAAACGUGAAUACAAGCAGACCCACCGGCUGCUGUUACUGGGGGCUGGUGAGUCUGGAAAAAGCACCAUUGUCAAACAGAUGAGGAUUCUGCACGUCAAUGGAUUUAAUCCAGAAGAAAAAAAACAGAAAAUCCAAGACAUUCGAAAAAAUGUGAAGGAUGCCAUAGUGACUAUAGUUUCAGCGAUGAGCACUUUAAUACCCCCAGUUCCAUUAGCCAACCCGGAGAACCAGUUCCGAAUGGACUACAUCAAAAGCAUAGCUCCGCUCUCAGACUUCGACUACACACAGGAAUUCUUUGAACAUGCGAAGAAACUGUGGGAUGAUGAAGGAGUAAAGGCAUGCUAUGAGAGGUCGAAUGAUUACCAGCUCAUCGACUGUGCACAGUACUUUUUGGACAAAAUUGACUCCGUGAGACAGAAUGACUACACACCCACAGACCAGGACCUGCUCCGAUGCAGAGUUUUGACAUCAGGGAUUUCUGAAACACGAUUUCAAGUAGACAAAGUAAAUUUCCACAUGUUUGAUGUGGGAGGACAGAGAGAUGAAAGGAGAAGAUGGAUCCAGUGCUUUAAUGAUGUCACUGCUAUUAUCUUUGUUGUGGCCUGUAGUAGCUACAACACGGUGAUAAGGGAAGACAACAACACGAACAGGUUACGGGAAGCACUCAACCUCUUCAUUAGUAUCUGGAAUAACAGGUUCUUACGGACGAUUUCAGUCAUCUUGUUCCUGAAUAAACAGGACAUGCUUGCCGAGAAGGUGUUAGCAGGGAAAUCCAAAAUUGAAGACUAUUUUCCUGAAUACACACGUUAUACUGUACCAGAUGAUGCAACACCAGAUCCUGGCGAGGACCCCAAAGUGACUAGAGCAAAAUUUUUUAUUCGGGAUGAAUUCCUUAGGAUCAGCACAGCAAGUGGUGACGGCAGGCACUACUGCUACCCUCAUUUCACAUGCGCAGUAGACACAGAAAACAUUCGCAGAGUGUUCAACAAUUGUCAAGUCAUCAUUCAGAUAAAGUACCUGUCCCAAAAUGAACUGUUGUGAUUGGGAACACCUUGGAACCUGUGGUUUUAAAUGCUUUGUUCUAUAUGACAUUCAGACCUAUCCCUGUGUGGGUUUCUGUUUUUCUUUUCAACACUGAAGAAUACUUGAUGAGGAAAAAAAUGAUAUAAUGCACUUUGCAUCAGGUUACUAAAUACCGUUGAGGAAGUAUACACACAAUGUAGCAGCACCACAAUAUUUAUCACUCUGUCACAGUUUUUAGCGUUAUGAGUUGCAGGUCGACUGAAAAAUAACUGACCUCCUCGUGUAAACCGUCUGCAGGCACAGAAGUAGAGUAGAUAAGAGGCAUGGUAAAGGCGAGAAGCAAUUUUUCUGGUGUUUUUUGGAGCUAAAAGUCUCUGCACACCUCAGGCCUUUGAACAGCAGCUGCUUUUAGCCUAUUGUGUCUAGGAAGAAAUACCACAAUCACUAAUGUUAUUUGUUCAGUCCACAAAUUAUCCUUUUAGCUUAGAUCGUUCUUGGGCAAUAGUUGGACAAUAUAUAUAUAUAUAUAUAGAGAGAGAGAGAGAGAGAGAGAGAGAGGUCAAUAGUCCUAUCUAUAUAUAUAUAUAUAUAU